CUCUCUCCCUGUUUAGUGUGCCGCCCACCUCACACCGGCAAGGAGGCAGAGGCAAUAUUGGUGCUAACCAGUGUGCCUGGAGGAUCUAAAGUUAAAAAUAUCGACACAAUGGCCGCCAAUAACACACUUUCGACCCUCAGAAGAACUGCGCCUAUUGUGGCAGACUGCUUCAAGAAUGCCAAGCUGUACAAGAGGGAAGUGCCUGCCUCCGGGGAUGUGCCGCGGGAGAUGGUGGUGCUGUUCACGUGGCUGGGCGCCAAGCAGAAGCACGCCCACAAGUACGCUAAGUGCUGGACACGGCGAGGCCACGAUGUGCUGUACGUUACCACCUCCGUCAGGGACUUGCUCUUCCCCAAAACUGGAGCAGAGAUAACGGCCAAUCGCGUGGUGGACUUCCUGGACAAGAAGGAGUCAGAUGUCAUCGUGCACGGGCUGAGUGUGGGCGGUUACCUCACCCAGCGAGUCCUCAUGGCAGCACGGGACUCACAGAUCAAAAUAUCCCAUCAAAUAUUCGACAGUUUCACAAACUGUUCUGGAAUGGAGGCUGGGGUAGAGAAUGCAGUGAAUCCUAAGUACCAAGGACUUGCCAAGGCUUUAGUGGGAGUUUAUGUCAAGUACGCUGACCUGUCCAGUAUUUAUGAAGCACAGAGAUUUGCUGUCACCAGUCCUUGCAAGGCUCCAGCUUUGUAUCUACACAGUUUAGCUGAUGAGGUGACUCCAUUCCCGGACAUCAGUGACGUCGUCCAGGCGCAGCAGAAGGCCUCCAUCACCACCACUUACCUGAUCCCCGCUGAGCUCAGAGUACCCCACGUCUCCCUCCUCAAGUACCUCGGCGAUGAAAAAUACAUGGGAUACGUUGAUAAGUUUAUAGAGAACUUCAGGGGAUACGUCACGAAUCCGAACCUCGACCACACGCGCUUAGCUAUCACAGACUACAUCACAGAAGUCCCAGCAUUCUACCCUGAGCGGAUCCUUGUCUCUCAAUAAGGGCAUGUCAUAGGUGUUCCAUCAAGUCCUCCCCAGUGUGCAUCACCAAGAAUCCCCGUGCAGCACCUUCCUUUGUAGACUUGAGUGUUUGCCUUGCAGCGCUACCUGAGGGAGUCGAGUGGUGUGGUGACUCCCUAUACUGCAAGCCCUGUGGUGGUGGUGGGUAGUGUCAAGUGAAAGAACCUCAGGUAAUUGCUUGCUAGGAGAGUAACAUUCUUGAUUUUUGUAUCUUUUUUCUAAUUUCGUUCUUUAUUCAGUGCUUAGUAUGUUCUUGAGACUUGGUGAUUUGUAUGGCUCUUUUUCUUUUAUCCCUGAAGAGUCACUGAUUCACACACCAAAGGUAGUUAUUGUGCUGGAUUGGAUGGCUGAGAGACAAGGCAUGGUGUAGUGUCUUGUCCCAGUCACCCUGCAGUAAAAGAAAUCUUGGUUUGGAAUAUGUCAUCAUUUUCACCUGGGAGGCAGAAGAUUUCCUCCCCACAUCCCCUUCUUUGCAUGGGUGUAGGUCUGGUUCAAGAGUGCCGGUGCCCUGGGGAGGCUGCCAACUAGGGCUGGCCUGGAGUGUCAAUGGAACAAAGGCUUUCAGUUAAAUAGCAUCUCUUUAUAUUAGGAAUUGUCUGUCAAUGAAGCAUUUACCAGUGAUGCAUUAUUUCAACAAGUGUUUCAGUGAGGCAUAAAUAUUAACCAGUGACUCGCCAAGUUUCUUUCACUGAAGCAGAAUUAUUAACCGGUGACUCAUUAUUUCAACAUGUCUCUCACUAAAGCAUGAUUAGCAACCAGUGAUGCAUUAUUUCAGCAAGUGUCUCAUUAUUUGCCUCUGCCAGAACAUUGAGGGACCAAGGACUUGCUCUGCACAAUACAAUUAUAUGCUAUCAAAUUUUGGUGAAGUCUCAGGGGGUAGUAUUUGAGUAGAAGGGAGGAUACAUUCAGGCAGGACCUGGUCGCUGUGUGGGUGGGGGAAGAGUCGCCUUUCAGUAGUGGUUUGCUGUGCACCGCCUUACCUGAGGUUCUUUCAGCAGAGGGACCACAAAAGCCUCACUGUUGAACACAAAUAUUGGAGAAUCAUGAUGCUAUUUUAAUGUACUACAUGUACUCUGAUGAUGAAGUCUUUUAUAUCAAUAGUUUUAAUUUUAUAAUGAAUAUAUAUAUAUGAGAAUUAUACAUGAAUACAGUGUAUGUGUGUAACUUCGUACGUACUCAGAAAUUACCUAUAUAUAUAUCUAUAACUACAGCCAGAUGUGCAUAAGGUGUUAUAAUGUUUCCAUGUGUUAGGUGUGACUAAUACCACCUUAACCUUGCCUCUGAGUCUCAAGGGAAGGAGUUGACAGUGCAGGAGUGCAAGGACUGUGCCUGUGUUUCUGAAAUGCAGUGAUACAAGAUACAGGAUUUUGUAAUUUAUAGACUAAAAAAAUAAUUGUUGCCUUUCUAAUAUUACCACAAAGAGAAACUGACCAAGAAUAGAGAUAAAUCCAGAAAGUGAUAGGCUCACUAAUUGUUUCUCCUAGAAUAGAAACAUUUUAAUUCCCUGUCUUGAAGUGUCACAGAUGGUUGGGGAUAGAAACCCUGAGCACAGUGAUAGAGAGAACAGGGUAUGAAUAUUAAACCCUAAUGAUUGUAAGGUCCUAAGAUAAAUUCCUUGUCUUAGACUGUUACAGAUGAGAAAUUGGUCCAAAAGGCAGGAUAGAUAAUUGACAAACACUUUGGUUGGGGGGAUAGAAGGCUUUAAAUGGUGGGACUUAGUGAUUGUAAGGUCCUAAGACAAAAAAUUGAUAUAAAGAUAGAAUAGAUUCUCAAGACCCUGGUUGGGGAGUGAAACCCUUAACACUAGUAUGAAGAAGGUCCUGAGAUGAUUCCUGGGUCCUUACACCUCCACUCAUCCACCUACUAGAGUGUGGAUAACAUAGGUGAAGUGUGUGGAUGGGGAUGUGUGGGUAAACAUGACCUUGAAAGCAAAUACAGCCAGGUGCAAGUGCCUAAUUAGUAGAGAGGCAGGUUAAUCAUGGCUACACCUGUUUGAAGGGGAGAAUAACACUUGUGUGCUUCUGUCAACACGCUAGGGAUGACACGGCACACUUUGGGGCAAUUAAUGUGAUAAACAACAGUGACAGCGUCUUUACCAGGAGCCUUGAGAUGUUGAAGGUUUCCAGCAAGGGGUUGUUUUGGUUCUCAUCUGGAAUGUGUUGGUGUUGAGGUAGAGAUGUACUGUGAGAGGAUGAAGAAUAAAGUAUAUGAUGAUUGAAGUGGA